AUGGAUCGUAAUACUCCUGAUUCUAGAAAAAAAAUUACUGCCACCAAGAAUCACAAAGUGACAUAUAAUAAACACAUAUCAUUUGAUGAUCUUUUGCCUGGUUUUUUGGACGAAGAAAUACGAUUAAUUAAAAACAGUGAUAGACACAUUGGAUUUAAUAAUAAAUAUGUUCAUGUUCCACCACAGUAUAAUCCAUUAUAUGGACAAAGAAGGCCUAAUUUAUUAGAUACAAAAUCUCAAAAAACAAUUGAACGAUCCAAAUCUCCUAAUAGUUUUAAUCAAAGAAGUAGAAGUGAAACUUCAUUGAGUGAAAAGGAUAGAUAUUUAACUAAGAGAUUACCACCAUCACCUAGAAUGUCAAUAUUGAAAAAAGACUCUAGCAAGCGUAUUGAGGAAGAAAAUAUUGCAGAUGUUGAUAUUGCUUGUAUGGAUACAAAUGCAGAAGAAAUUAUGGAUCAUACUACUAAGCAAAACACGCAGUUGAAUUCUGGGUCAAAGAAUGAAUAUACACAAUCUCUGUUCUCCAACUUGAAUGAAGUAGAAGAUAGAGUCAGUAAACAAAAAAAAUCACUAAAGAAUAAUAGUAAAAGCUUACCAGAUAAUGAUGGACCAAGAAGAAAAUCUUUUGCUGGCAUGACAGAUGAAGAAUUGGCCAAAUUAGAAACAUUUUAUACUACAAGGGGUAGAUCAACUGAAGCAAAUAUUUCAAAUUAUGACUUUUCACAAAGACAAACAAUAUUUUCUCUAAAACCAGAAAUAUAUAAUAAUAAUAACAAAAAAUGGCGACAAGAUACGAAAUUGGAACAAGCUAAUAAAGAAAUAGCAGAAACUCUGGCUGUCACUUAUCCAUCUAGGCCGGUAGUGGAUCAUAGAGCAAUAUCUGUGACUAUUGAAAAUAACAAAUUUAAAUCAUAUGUUAUGGGCCUUAAAAGUAAGUUGCCAAUAAAAGAAGAUGAAAAGGAUUUAGGAUCAUCAUUAAGAGUCAUCAACUGUUAUAUUUCUGGAAAGCGUUAUACCUGGUCUUCUGUGGAUUGGUAUGUAGAAAACUUGGCUAAAGAUGGUGAUCAUUUGGUGAUUGUUACUACUAUACCGAAUUUUGAGAGUAAAAUUGAUAAUCUUUUGUAUACUGAAAGGAGAAAAAGGAGUAAAAAAGAAACAAUCAGAGCUAUUAUGGGUGAUAAAAUAUCAUCAUCAACAUCCUCACAAUUAUUACCAAAACUUACAGAAUCGAAGAGUCAAACAGAAGCUGCACAAAAUUCCAGAAUUAUUCAUAGCAGUAAUAAGAAUAAAGACUUACCAUUAUCUAAAGCAAUUAGACUAGAAGCAGUUUAUAAAGAAGCUAAAGAUGCUACAAUAUCUAUCCUGGAGUAUUAUGCAGGAAGGUUACAAAAUAAACUUGUUAAAAUUACUGUUGAAUUGGUUAAAACAGAUUCAAUAAAGGAUGCAAUUACAAAGACAGCAGUUUUAUAUAGGCCAUGUGCACAAAUUGUAAGUACAGUGUCAACUAACAUUCAAAUUAAAUUUAGAAAUGGUAAUAUUAAACUACCAUAUUUCAUGAUGAAAUAUUAUCCAAUGCCCGUAUUUAUUGUCCCUUUUGAAUUUAUUCAUCCAAAGAAACUGACAGAAGAAUGUAAAAGUUUCACAAGAAGUGUAAAUAAAAAGAAUAGAUUGGAGUGGCUGGAUAAUACGAUAAAAUACACAUUACAAAAUCCAUAUAAAAUUAAAGAUUCACUAGCAAAUACAAAUGAGUAUGAAUCUGUGAAGCAUGUACUCCAUUCAGAUUAUGAAUCAGAUGAUGAGUCUGUAACCUCCAUUGACAACUAUUUCCCUAUAGAUCCACAAGUACAAAAAAAUAUCGCUCUGUUUGAAGAAUUAGGAUAUGUGGUACCAAAAUCCUCAAGAGAUAUAUUGCUGGAACAAAGCAAUGAUGUUACCUACGAUAAAGAUGGUAAAAGAAUAACACCAUGUACUUCAAGAUCAUCAAGACGUAGUUCUAGAGUUCAAUUGGUUGGUUCAGCCAAUAAUCUAUAUAAAGUGAAAUCUUUAAUUAUAGAUGAUACUAAAAGCAAUCAUACAGUUGAUUCUGAUUUAUUCUCUAAUAAAACUGCAUUAUCAUCUAUAAAAAAAACCAAAUCUUUGUCUCUUAAUCAUAAACCUUAUGCAGGAUCAGUGAUUUCAUCUUCAUUAUCUAAUAACAAUAGUAAAGAUCAAACAUCAAAAAAAUUACCAACAAAGGGUACUAAAAAGACCGAUCCAAAUAAGAAUAUUGUUAGUGGAAGUAAGGGCAAAUUAAAGACAAAGAAGAAAUCUGGGUUUGGAUCAAUAAUUGGAAAGCUGUUUAAAUAA